AUGUCUCAGACUCCAAAGCCUUCUGCCCAACCAAAGGCGGUUAUUCCCCCCACUAUCAAAGAUGUGGUGAACACCACCCAGUUUGCGUGGUUCAUCGGCCAUGCCAUCACCCUUUUCUCUGGAACCUUUUACUUUCUGACUUACCGUGCGGGUGGACAGUUCAAUUCGUUCUGUUUUGGCCUGCUUUUCCUAUCUGUCGUUGAAUCGUUUGGAAUUAUUCUCUACCAAGAGUAUUUGAUGGGUUCGCUGAGCCUCCAGCCUCUUGCACUUUUGACUGAUGACAACGUGCAAUACGUUGCUCUGGCGUUGGCUUUUCUCACAAUUCUACCCAGUGUUGUGUUUGCAGUCGUUCCUUUCAUGAUUUUUGCUGUUUUCCAUAUCCUGAGCUAUUCGCGUUCUACGCUGUUUCCCGUUUUUGGAGUGCCAUCUGAGUCUAAGAUUUCCGUGUUUGUGGCUAACUUUGUCCAGACACACCAUGACAAGUCCGUGUAUAUUGGAUCCACUUUUGAGCUGAUCACGCUUGUUUGGUUUCUUUUGGGAGCUUUGUUAUGGAGAAAGGGCUACUGGCUUGGAUUGCUGAUCUACGCUUACUUCAUCAAGCUUAGAUAUGACAAGUCAAUCAUUACGAGAUCUGUGCUCAAGUCAUGGGAAGUCAAGGUUGACGGACUUGUUUCACACCCAUCCGUUCCGGUCCAGGUUAAGUCUACUUGGUUGCAAUUGAAGCAACUCCUCAAGCAGUUUGGUGGUCCGGCUCUCGACUCCGACGCUUCAGCUGCUAGAGAUUAA